AUGCGAGUUCCAUCUAGUGACAGCGCGCAGCCAUGGGAUCCUUCCUCCCCAGCGGCCAUGUUGCAUGUUCUGCAAGCUGCUGAUGUUACAAAGCACCAGAACAAGGUGAUUCUGCGAAAUGCAUCCAGCUGGAGGCAGCUUUUGGAGCUGGCCGAUGGCCUUGGGCAGACGCCCCAUGCCCUGAACGCCUGCACUCUCUUGCAUCGCUUAGCGAGGGCUGUGGUUCGUGAAGGCAGGGGUCUGUCAGAACGCGCCCGCCUCCUGCGUAGCCUGGAGCCCUUUCAGAGAUUGCUGGAUAGAAUUUUGCGGUUGGUUCCCGACCUCAACAACAUGGAGUUAACCAAUUGCUUGUGGGCCCUCGCCACGCUGGAAGCAUCAGACACAGAAGCAGAAACUGCUCUUCUUACGCAACUUACGGCGGGAUGUGCCAAGUAUCUCGACAGCUUCGAGCCGCGAAACUUAGCCUUGUCUGCUUGGGCACUCGCCAAAGUGGGCUUUGUGGACAAGGCUUGGUGCCGUCUGUGGGCAGAAGAGGUGAGCCAAAGGCUCUCUACCUUUGAAACUCGGGAUAUGACAAAUGUGAUUUGGGCCUUCGCCACUGUGCACUGGCGCGACGAGCGUUUCUUGGGAAGGUUCUGCAAGGAAGUUGAGAUCAAAGCGGAGUGCUACUCACCUCAAGAUAUCGGAAACACUCUUUGGGCUCUGGCCACUCUUUCAUGGAGGAGUGAUGCCGCGUUGGCGGCCAUCAGCAAGCGUUGCUUUGAAACUGCGGUUAGUUUUGACCAGCAGAAUCUCUCGAUAUCCCUCUGGAGCUACGCAACCCUUGGCUACAAGACCAUGAAUUUGUUUCAUCAUAUGACCCAGCUCAUCACCGAGCGUAUCAAGACCUUUGCAUCUCAGGGCAUUGCGAAUGUGGUCUGGGCUCUGGCAAAAUUUCAGUUCCAGCAAAAAUGCUUGUUGAUGACGAUCGCAGAAGAAGCCCCGCCACGGCUGGAUGAGUUCGACCCACAGCAUCUUUCCAUCCUCGCCUGGGCUUACGCGACCCUUGAGUUUCCGAACCGGCCUCUUCUCACUGCAUUGUGCCAGGCAGCUGUGCGAAAGAUGGACAUCUUCAACGCGCAGCACAUGGCCAACAUGACCUGGGCGAUGGCAACCCUGGCCCACAAGGAUGAGCGCUACCUGCAAGUCCUUGCUGCCAAGGCCAUGGAGCAGGUCGCGAGCUUCAACCCGCAGGAGUGCUCGAACUUGGUCUGGGCAUUUGCUCUGCUCACUUUCCGACACGACCCGCUCCUGAAGGCGCUCAGCAUCCGCUCCCAGGAAAUUGUUUCUGCGUUCAUCCCCCAAAACUUGGGAAACACGGCCUGGGCAUACAACCGCUUGGGCUACCGGGACGAGAGGUUGAUGAAGUGCCUGGUAAGCGAAGCAGCUGGAAGACUCCACGAGUGUGCGGGGCAAGAGAUCCUUGAUCUGAUUGAGUCCAUAUCUACGGGUGGCUAUGAAGAUGCCGUGCAAGGACCGCAGUGGAGCUUGCUUGUGACCUGGGCUGGGCAGAAGUAUGACUCCGUCGAGAAGUUUGUGAAGAUAUCCAGUGAUAUGCCGCUGGGUCUUCGCAAGCUGUCGGACUUUGAUCGCGCACUAGCUGUCCAAGACUACCGAGACCACAUGGCUAGCUUCAGCUUGGUUGGCCUUGGCUUUACCUACACUUCCAAGUUGCUGCGCGAGAUUGGUGUCGUUUUAUUGGAGGGUUCCCAACGGGAGCAUUGGCAGAUCCAGUCGCAAGCUGCCGCAGCGAGGAUCACUGGGACAGGGAAUAACUCCGAUGUGACCAAGAACACUGAGGCACAGGAAGGGUUGAAAGUGUGCCGCACCGUCUGCGUCUACCGCUUCGACCUGCAGGCUGUGACCGGGCAGGUCAGGACCGUAGGGCCGACAGCUGUGACCAGUGGACCGGCUUCUGAGGCUUUUGAGCUGGGGCUUUUCUCGGCUAUCUUGAGGCAUCCACGAGGUGGAGAUGGUGAGUUUCAGGCACUCCAGGCAUGUGCGCGCUCCUGUCUGGACGAUUUGGGCUGCAAUCCGAUUGGGGCUCCUCCCCUUGAUGGAUCUGCUGUCGAGGGCGAGCUCUGGCUUCAUGUCUCCGAGGUCCCCUGCCUGUCUUGCGUUGGUGCAAUGGCCCAGUUUCGGAAGAUGUUUCCAGACAUUAAACUCCACAUUGCUUUCAACCUGGGACGACAGCCAUCACAAGAUGGCGCCGCAGCGUCUUGCGUCCCCGACUACGAGCACGUGCCGUUCGCCGUCACGAACAUCACCUCCGCGAGCCACAGGUACCAGCCUCACGAAAGCUCUGUGAGCUUCGGACCUGGUGAGAGCAUGAAGAGCUUUGAUAUCGAGCUGAUCGAUGAUGACAAUUUCGACACCACCUUGGAUUUCAAGGUCAUCCUCAGCAACGCGCAAGGUUGCACCAUUCAGAAAGACCUGAGCAUAUGCCAAGUCCUGAUUUUCGACAACGACUUGUUUCCCUCCAGCGAGUUUCGCGAACAUCUCCACGAUAUACAGAAUGUGCAAGAAGAAGAGCUGCACCAAAUCGGAUUCCGAUUGCUGUGGGCCUUCAUGCGUUUUACAUUUCGACACGUGCCUACCAUCUGGUGGAAGUCGAUAGUGGCUGUGUUCUUGGCCCAGCUGGGCAAUGCAUACUACUUGAUGACUAUCUACCUCAAGGUCUACAUGGUAGACGUUUGCCUCAAUGUUAAGGAUGAGUCAACUUUGGAGAGACUCCUGGUCCCAGGAAGCCGUGGUCUCACAGCUGCCGUCCUGGGCCUGUGUUGGGUCCUCCCGAACUUCAUCCUGGUGGCAUCAGAUCACUUUGAAAUGUCUGUUCUGGAAAUGGGUUUUCACAUUCGUCAGCACUUGCGGGUAAACCUCUUCCGCAAGUACUUGAACUACACUCGUCAAUCGAGGCUACGAGUGCCGAUUCAAGAUCUCAAAACGAGCAUGAUGGAGGACAUACCGACCCUAGCCAGAGAUGGCUACCUCAUAAUCUUCGAUAUUUUGAAAAAGGUUAUGAAGGUGGCUUGUGUGGGCUACUGGCUGCUAAAGAAGCAUCCUCGCUCCGGCAUUCCCUUGGCAAUCUACCCCACCUUGAUGCUCCUGUGGCUGGGCUCGCGCUACAAACGCAGGCUUUGGCUACUGAAGAAGACCGGUGAUGGAGGAAGCGACACUCAAGGCUGGCUGCUCCACGCAGAUGCCUCCUAUGACCUGGUCAAUGACUACGGGAACCGUAAUGCCAUCGUGGGAAAGUUUCAGAAGGUGUUGCAAGAUCAGCGAAGAUUGGUCAUGGCCUUGAAGGCAUUUUCUUUCUGGAGUGGCAUUGUAAUCCCCUGGAUUACCAUCAUUGCAACCGGCUUCUACAUCGCCACGGCCGGAAAGCUCGUAACUGAAGGCGAGCUUUCCUUGGGAUCAUUUUUGGCGACCAUCAAUUUGUACAAAGAUCUGGGUGACCGGUUUGAUGGGAUCUAUGCCGACUUCGAGGCCCUGUCUGAGGUCAUUGAUCCUUUGUCCGUCCUCACAGUACAGUUCAACUUGGAAACGGAUCUGCCGCAGCGGAUGGAAGCACACGAAGCACACGAGCAGUACCUUGCAAAGUAUUUUGCAGAACAAUCUGCGCCUGCUGCACCUGUUUUUUCCGACAGCGUGUACGACACGGUGCCCAUCUUCCUCAGCGAUGUAAAGAUCCGUACAUCGCGACCGCCACCUGCCGGGCUCGCGUGCAGGGACCAGGACUUCAACCCUUCCGACACUCCCAAGUCUCCACGACUUAGCAAGCCGUUGUCAGCCCGCGUGGAGCAAGGCAGCUUGAUCUGCGUAACCGGUCCGCCCGGCUGCGGAAAGACGAGUCUCCUCUCCCUAAUCACAAAGGACUGUCUGCCAGCCUCCGGCGAGGUCAGACUACCUCCACACCUCCGAGUUGUCCGUGUUUCUUCUGAGCCUUCCUUCGUGAAGUCAAUGGGCUUGUAUGCCAACUUGGUGUUCGGCGUGUUGUCUGCAGAGGGGUAUCACACCUAUACCAACCCUGAGCGGGUCGGCCGAAUUCUGCGACGCCUCUCCCUGCAUCAUUCCUGGAUCUUUCAUGCUGUGAUGAAGGAUUGUCUUCAAGAGGAAGAGCAGGAGGAGCUCCAUCAAUUGCCUGAGGAGGAGGAAGACGUCUUCAAGGAAAUGGAAAGAGUCAUGAAAGAGCAUGAGGAGGCAGCCACAGCUUCGACCUUGGAAGACCCGGAGUUCGAGCUGCAGCAGGACCACCUCAGACACUGGUAUGAUUGCAUGAGCAAAAGCGAAGCCAAGCGACUGCAUCUGGCCAGAGCCUUCAUCGCCAGCCCAGAGGUGCUCAUUCUGCAUGCACCCCUGGACGACCUGGAUGUGGGGUUGGCGAAGGACCUGCUACUCUUGAUGCGAGAGUUCGUGGAUGAGAGAGGGGUUGCCCUGGAUCCUGCUACGAAGAACUGCCGCUGCAAACGGAGCGUGUUCUUCUCUGCAAAGGAUACGGAGAUGUGCAGACAAAUUGCCGAUUUUACGUGCGCACUAGGCAGUGACACAGUCGCCCUCAGCCUAGACCCAAGAAUAGAGACGAAAGAUGGCGGUUGGCUCUGGACUUGUGGUGAGGGCGGCUGA